AUGGGCUGGAGGAGCCGCUGCUGCUGCCCGGGACGGCUGGACCUGCUGUGCGUGCUGGCGCUGCUCGGGGGCUGCCUGCUCCCCGUGUGCCGGACGCGCGUCUACACCAACCACUGGGCAGUCAAAAUCUCCGGCGGCUUCCCGGAGGCCAACCGCAUCGCCAGCAAGUACGGCUUCAUCAACAUCGGACAGAUUGGGGCCCUGAAGGACUACUACCACUUCUACCACAGCAGGACGAUUAAAAGGUCAGUUCUCUCAAGCCGAGGAACCCACAGUUUCAUUUCAAUGGAACCAAAGGUGGAGUGGAUCCAACAGCAAGUGGUAAAAAAACGGACAAAGAGGGAUUAUGACCUCAGUCGUGCCCAGUCUACCUACUUCAAUGAUCCCAAGUGGCCGAGCAUGUGGUAUAUGCACUGCAGUGACAACACGCAUCCCUGCCAAUCAGACAUGAAUAUCGAAGGUGCCUGGAAGAGAGGCUACACGGGAAAGAACAUCGUGGUCACCAUCCUGGACGAUGGCAUUGAAAGAACCCAUCCAGAUCUGAUGCAAAACUAUGAUGCUCUGGCGAGUUGUGACGUGAAUGGGAAUGACUUGGACCCAAUGCCUCGUUAUGAUGCAAGCAACGAGAACAAGCAUGGGACCCGCUGUGCUGGAGAAGUGGCAGCUGCUGCAAACAACUCUCACUGCACAGUCGGAAUUGCUUUCAACGCCAGGAUCGGAGGAGUGCGAAUGCUGGAUGGAGAUGUCACAGACAUGGUGGAAGCGAAGUCGGUCAGCUUCAAUCCCCAGCAUGUGCACAUUUACAGCGCCAGCUGGGGCCCAGAUGAUGAUGGCAAGACUGUGGACGGACCGGCCCCCCUCACCCGGCAAGCCUUUGAAAACGGUGUUAGAAUGGGGCGGAGAGGCCUCGGCUCUGUGUUUGUCUGGGCAUCGGGAAACGGCGGAAGGAGCAAAGACCACUGCUCCUGUGACGGCUACACCAACAGCAUCUACACCAUCUCCAUCAGCAGCACAGCAGAAAGUGGAAAGAAGCCCUGGUACCUGGAGGAGUGUUCGUCCACGCUGGCCACAACCUACAGCAGCGGUGAAUCCUACGAUAAAAAAAUAAUCACUACGGAUCUGAGGCAGCGGUGCACGGACAACCACACGGGGACGUCAGCCUCAGCCCCCAUGGCUGCGGGCAUCAUCGCGCUGGCCCUGGAAGCCAAUCCGUUUCUGACCUGGAGAGACGUACAGCAUGUUAUUGUCAGGACUUCCCGUGCGGGACAUUUGAACGCUAAUGACUGGAAAACCAAUGCUGCUGGUUUUAAGGUGAGCCACCUCUAUGGAUUUGGACUGAUGGAUGCUGAAGCCAUGGUGAUGGAGGCAGAGAAGUGGACGACUGUUCCCCGGCAGCACGUGUGUGUGGAGAGCACAGACCGACAAAUCAAGACAAUUCGCCCCAACAGUGCAGUACGCUCCAUCUACAAAGCCUCAGGCUGCUCUGAUAACCCCAACCGCCAUGUCAACUACCUGGAGCACGUGGUUGUGCGCAUUACCAUCACCCACCCCAGGAGGGGAGACCUGGCCAUCUACUUGACCUCGCCCUCAGGAACCAGGUCCCAGCUUUUGGCCAACAGGUUAUUUGAUCAUUCCAUGGAAGGAUUUAAAAACUGGGAGUUCAUGACCAUUCAUUGCUGGGGAGAACGAGCCGCUGGUGACUGGAUCCUUGAAGUUUACGAUACUCCUUCUCAACUGAGGAACUUCAAGACUCCAGGUAAAUUGAAAGAAUGGUCUUUGGUCCUAUAUGGCACUUCUGUGCAGCCGUACUCACCAACCAAUGAAUUUCCUAAAGUGGAACGUUUCCGCUACAGCCGAGUGGAAGACCCCACAGAUGACUAUGGCGCAGAAGAUUAUGCAGGUCCCUGUGACCCUGAAUGCAGUGAGGUUGGCUGUGACGGGCCCGGGCCAGACCACUGCAAUGACUGUUUGCACUACUACUACAAGCUGAAGAAUAACACCAGGGUCUGUGUCUCCAGCUGCCCCCCUGGCCACUACCACGCCGACAAGAAACGAUGCAGGAAGUGCGCCCCCAACUGUGAGUCCUGCUUUGGGAGCCAUGGUGACCAGUGCCUGUCCUGUAAAUACGGAUACUUCCUGAAUGAAGAAACCAGCAGCUGUGUUACUCACUGCCCUGAUGGGUCAUAUCAGGACACCAAGAAAAAUCUUUGCCGGAAGUGCAGUGAAAACUGCAAGACGUGUACUGAAUUUCAUAACUGUACAGAAUGUAAGGAUGGGUUAAGCCUGCAGGGAUCCCGGUGCUCUGUCUCUUGUGAAGAUGGACAAUUCUUCAACGGCCAGGACUGCCAGCCCUGCCAUCGCUUCUGCGCCACUUGUGCUGGGGCAGGAGCUGAUGGCUGCAUUAACUGCACAGAGGGUUACUUCAUGGAAGAUGGCAGGUGCGUGCAGAGCUGUAGCCUCAGCUCUUACUUCGACCACUCUUCAGAAAACGGAUACAAGUCCUGCAAAAAAUGUGAUACCAGUUGCUUGACAUGCAACGGCCCAGGGUUCAAGAACUGUACAAGCUGCCCCAGUGGGUAUCUCUUAGACUUAGGAAUGUGUCAAAUGGGAGCCAUCUGCAAGGACGGAGAAUACAUUGACGAGUAUGGUCACUGCCAGAUCUGUGAAGCCUCGUGUGCCAAGUGCUGGGGGCCAACCCAGGAGGACUGCACUGGCUGUCCCAUUACCAGGAUUUUUGAUGAUGGCCGCUGCGUGCUGAACUGUCCCUCGCAGAAAUACGAACUGAAGAAUCAAUGCCAUCCAUGCCACUACACCUGCCAAGGAUGUCAGGGGGGCGGGCCGUCCAACUGCACCUCCUGUGGAGCAGAUGAGCAUGGCCGAGAGCACUUCCUGUACCAGGGGGAGUGUCGAGAGAGCUGCCCAGCAGGCCACUACCCUGCCCAGGGAAACACCUGCCUGCCCUGCCCAGACAACUGUGAGCUUUGCCACAGCCCGCACGUCUGCACGAGAUGCACAAGCGGCUACUUCAUGGUGGCCACCAACCACACCUGCCAGAAGUUAGAAUGUGGACAAGGUGAAGUCCAAGACCCAGACUAUGAAGACUGCGUGCCUUGUCAAGAAGGAUGUCUGGGAUGUAGCUUGGAUGAUCCAGGAACCUGCACAUCAUGCACUACGGGGUAUUACAUGUUUGAACACCAUUGUUACAAAACCUGUCCUGAGAAGACCUACAGGGAAGGACUGGAAUGCAAAGCAUGUGCUGCUAACUGUGGCAGCUGUGACCAGAAUCAGUGCUACUGGUGUGAGGAUGGUUUCUUUCUCCUGGAUGGCAGCUGUAUGAGGAAAUGUGGCCCUGGCUACUAUGGUGACCAAGACACAGGAGAAUGUGAGCCCUGCCACCGCACCUGUGAAUCCUGCACCGGCCUUGGCCACAACGAGUGCAGCAGCUGCCGAGGAGGACUGCAGCUGCUGCAGGGGACAUGUGUUCAUCCUGCCCAGACCCAGGUGGGCAGCACAUUCUGGAAUGAAGCUGUGCCCACUGCAAACCCAUCUUUGGUGAAGAGCCUGCUGCAGGAGCGACGAAGGUGGAAGGUUCAAAUCAAAAGAGACAUUUUGAGAAAAUACCAGCGUUGUCAUCCUUCUUGUAAAACCUGCAAUGGAUCUGCAACUCUGUGCACAUCCUGUCCAAAAGGUGCAUAUCUGUUGGCUCAGGCCUGUGUCUCCUCCUGUCCCCAAGGCACAUGGCCCUCAGUAAGGAGUGGCAGCUGUGAGAACUGUACAGAGGACUGUGCCUCUUGCUCUGGAGCCAGUCUUUGCAAAAAGUGCCAGACUCGGCUGGGCCACCCUCUCUUCCUCCAUGGAGGCAGGUGCUACAGCAAGUGCCCUGAGGGCUUUUAUGCAGAAGACGGCAUGUGUGAACGCUGUAGCUCUUCUUGCAGAACAUGCGAAGGAAAUGCCACCAACUGCCAUUCUUGUGAAGGAGGCCUUGUCCUGCAGCACGGAGUGUGCCAGGAAACCUGCUCCGAGAGACAUGUGGCCGUGGAGGGGGUGUGCAGGCAUUGCCCAGAGAUGUGUCAGGAAUGCAUCCACGAGAAGACCUGCAAAGAGUGCAUGCCUGAGUUCUUCCUGCACAAUGAUGUGUGCCAUCAGUCCUGUCCCAGUGGCUUCUAUGAGGACUCGCGCCAGUGUGUCCCCUGCCAUGAAGACUGUCUGGAGUGCAGUGGCCCCGAAGCAGACGACUGCGAGCUCUGUGCUAAGGAUUUCCUGGUCCUCUAUGAUGGGCGGUGUUUAGACGCAUGUCCAGCAGGAACGUACUUUGAGAAAGAGACUAAGGAUUGCAGAGAUUGCCACAAGUCCUGCCAGACCUGCUCGGAGUCUGGGACCUGCACAAGCUGUCGCGAAGGGCUGAGGAUGAACACCCGUGGGGGCUGCGUGGCCAACAGGGAAUGCGCCCUCUCCGAGUACUGGGACGAGGAAGACCACGCAUGCAAGCCCUGCCACGCUAAGUGCUUCCGCUGCACGGGGCCUGCCCAGGACCAGUGUCACACCUGCCACAGGGACAGCCUUCUUCUCAACACAACCUGCGUGGAGGACUGCCCAGAGGGCUACUAUGCCGAUGAAGACCACCACCGCUGUGCCCCCUGCCACAGCUCUUGCAGGACAUGUGAAGGCAGACACAGCAUGCAGUGUAGCUCCUGCCGACCAGGCUGGUUCCAGCUGGGAAAAGAGUGCCUGCUCCAGUGCAGGGAAGGAUACUAUGCAGAGAACUCCACCAGCCAGUGCCAGAGGUGCAGCAGGAGCUGCAAGGCCUGCCGGGGCCCGGGGCCCACGGACUGCCUGGCCUGCGAUACGUUCUUCUUUCUGCUGCCCUCCAAGGGAGAAUGCUAUCGCACUUGCCCGGAGCAUCACUAUGCAGAGCAAAGAACACAGACCUGUGAGAGAUGCCAUCCCACUUGCAAGACAUGCAAAGGAACAGGAGCAUUGAGUUGCUUAUCCUGUGUGUGGAGUUACCACCUCAUGGGAGGAAUCUGCACCUCGGACUGUCUUGUGGGGGAGUACAGAGUGGGAGAGGGAGAAAGAUUUAAGUGUGAAAAAUGCCAUGAGAGCUGCCUGGAAUGCAAGGGACCUGGCACCAGGAACUGUACCAUGUGCCCCGCCAGCCUGGUGCUGCACAUGGAUGACAGCCGCUGCCUCCACUGUUGCAAUGCCUCCAAUCCCGCUGCCCAGGAGUGCUGUGACUGCCACGACACCACAGACCAGUGCAUCCUUCGACCUGGCGAGGUAGGGCCUGCAGUCGAGCGCUCCCGGACGGCCCUGUCUGUCACCUCCGCUGUCAUGCUGCUGCUGCUGCUCGGGGCCGCAGUGAUCGUCUGGAGGAAAUCUCGGGGCCGAGCACAGGCCGCAGAAAAGGCCGGCUAUGAGAAGCUGGCAGAGGCCGGCAAGGCCUCCUCCUCUAAGAGCAGCUAUGGCCAGAGCACCAGCUUUGAAGAGGAUCAGGUGAUCGAGUACAGGGACCAGGACUACGAUGAGGACGAUGAUGAUGACAUUGUCUACAUGAGCCAGGAUGGCACCGUCUACCGAAAAUUCAAGUACGGGCUGCUGGCCGAGGAGGAUGGUGACGAGCUGGAGUACGAUGAUGAGAGCUACUCCUACCAGUGA